AUGAAAUUCUCUGUUGUUGCCAUUACUGCUGCUCUCAUCGCCUCUGCCUUCUCUCCUGCUCACUGCAAGCCCACUCCUGAAAUACCAGCACACGAAGCCAUGAGUGCCAUUGCAUUUCUUUCUGGUCCUAAUACCACCGUCUCUGGUACUGUGAGCUUCCAUCAAGCUGAUCCCUCAAGUGCCACUCAAAUCUUUGCCAAUCUCACUGGUUUAACUGAAGGCAAGCAUGGUAUCCAUGUACACCAAUUUGGCGAUCUCUCCAAUGGAUGUAUCUCUCUCGGACCCCACUACAAUCCCUUUAACCACACUCAUGGUGGUCCUGAAGGCGAGCAAAGACAUGCUGGUGAUUUUGGCAACAUCAUUGCUAAUGCUGAUGGUACUGCCACUCUCAACCUCACCAUUGACACAAUUCAUUUAAGCGGUCCUUUCUCUGUUCUUGGUCGUGGUAUAGUCCUUCAUUCUGGCGAAGAUGAUCUUGGCUUAGGAAACUCUCCUUUGUCCAACACCACUGGUAAUUCUGGUGAACGCUCGGCCUGUGGCGUUAUUGGCUAUGCUUCCACUGCUUAA